AUGGGCCAUCUGGUAUCUCUCCGAAAUGAAGCCGAAAAUAAAUUCGUCUCAAAACUCUGGGAUUCAUCUACUGGUGGAUUGGCAGCCAUAUCUGACUGUACCUUCUGGAUUGGACUGACAGAUGCAGGUGACGAAGGUCAAUGGGUUUGGACGGACAACAACCAGUUGGCAACAUACACAAGUUGGCAUACAAAUCAACCUGACAACACUCAUAAUGAAGACUGCGCUCACCAAUGGAAUCGAGAUCCAAAUCUUGGUACUUGGAAUGAUUAUCAAUGUACUGUUGAGCUAUUUUAUGUCUGUGAGCUGCCUCAGAAUAAAUAG